CGUGGUUGCGGGAAGCCAGGCUCGACACCGCCCGCCCCCUGAGGCAGUUGAGGCCGCGGGUUCGCGUCCCGCCGCCGCCCAGUUCGGCUCCCGGUGCUCACGUCGGUUCUUCGCCCGCUCCGCACCCCCGGGGCUCCUCCCGGCUCCUCGGGCUCUGCGAGCCAUGGAGGUCCCCAAGGAGUCCAGUCCUCAUGAUACAUCUGCUCACAGCGAGUCGCAGCCGUUACAGAGCAACGUGGUACAGAUCACCGUGGUGAAGGGCCAGGACCUGAAAAGUCUCAAAAGUGACACCUCAAUGACGAUGGUUCAUGUGGAGUUCAAUGGGGUGAUCCUGGGAGACUCCUCCAAGACUGAAGUCACACCAAAUGGGGUGGCAAACUAUAACUUCACGGCCAGCUUUGAAUACAGCCCCGAUGGGCCCAACUCUUGGGUCGACAUUGCACAAAAACCUGCACUCUUGACAGUGAUAGAAGUGUUGCAAAAGGACAAGAAACAGAAGGAGGAGAAGACCGUGCCACUUGGCCAAGCUGUGUUGGACCUUCUACCUCUGCUGCAAGGACAGUGCUCGUUUACAGUCUUGGCUCCUUUGUAUGCAGUGUCUACAUCUCCAUCAGAAAGCCUUCACCUGGAGGCCAAGUGUUCUCUUGAAGUGUCUGUGUGCACCAAAAAGCCCCUCCUUUCUGCAAGUCAGCUUUCAGAUGGGAGCUUCAUGAGUGUCACGCUGGAGGCAGCUUAUUCUGUCCCCGAAGCAUUUGUUCCCACUGAACCACCGCAAAACUACAUGGCUUGCUUGCAAGUACCAGCAGUUGGGAAGAAAGAAGUCCCUUUGCUCUUCAUGAAUGGCAUCCUGAAGCUUCAUGGUGACAAAGAACCAUUACCCCGACCUAAAAAAUGGUCUCUUGCUAAUGUCACGGCCCCUGGUGCUCUGAACAUACCCAACUCCUUCAUUCUUGGUGGUCCCUAUGAGGAUGAGGAUGGAGAGCUCAACAAGGCAGAGGACAGGGAGUUUAGGAUCCAGGCAGAAAGCACAAAGAGAAUCGUGUGGGACACGGAACGACGCUGUUACCUUGAUCCUGCUGCAGUACUCAUCCUGAAGAAGCGAAUCGCAGAGUGCCAGUACUGGCCAGUGGAGGUCUGCAGGAUGCCAUUGACCCCAUCCAGCAAAGGGAAAACCAGCAAAGCUGACAAGGGAGAUGAGGACAAGCAGAUUUUCUUCCAUGGUGUGGCAUAUGUCAACAUGAUGCCUUUGCUGUGUCCUGGCGUGAAGCGGAUCCGAGGUGCUUUUCGUGUCUUUGCCUACCAGGACAGCGAGGUGCUCGAGAAGACUAAAAGACAGCAGAGUGUUCUGCGGGAUCUCCGUCCUCAGAUCAGUCUGAUUAAAGAAGGAUCAGGGACCCCAGGAACCAAUUCAUCUCUUUCCAGAGCUGUUCCCAGCAAGGCCCAGAAGGAAGAUAAGGAGAAGGUAACCAGAGAACAUGAAUUAAGCAGAAGGAUGUCCAACUUAACAAAAACGCAGUUGUCAGAUCUUGCUGAAGAUGCUGCAUCUCUCAAUCCUGAAGGAAAGCAAUAUGUUGAAGCAGGAACAUUCCUGAUGAUGGAGAUAAAGCUGGACAAGGCUUUGGUACCCAAACGACAGCAAGAGGAGCUCACCAAAAGGGUCAAGGAGAUGAUUCCACCUCGCCCUCUGCUGCCUCCCCGGCCUGGAGGAGCCAAGAAGGCCGUAGAAGAUUAUCACAACCACGUCGCAAACAUUGCAGUUGCCAUCCUAAGUGAAUACCACGAGCUGUUUGGAAAGCAGCCACCAAACCAAGGAGCAACAGACCAUCAAACCCUGGAGGAACAGAGGCGUCAGCUCAACUUUGAGCUCAAUAGCUCUGGGAAAUAUUUUGCUUUUAAGGAACAGCUGAAGUAUGCUGUAGUGAAGAUUGUGAGGGAAAAAUACCUGAGGACCACAGCAUUUGAGACCCAGGAGCAGUUCCAAGCAUUUCUCAGUGAGCUGUAUGUGUACCUGGUGGAUCAGAUGCACGUUGCCCUGAACCAGCUAAUGUAUGAAGAAACUGCUUCCCCUGUCCCUCGAAUCCAUGUGACUAAUGAGCAGCUCUGGCUCUUUGCUCGUGAAGCUGAAAUCAACAAGGACUACAAGCUGGCAUCACUCUACCACCAGCAGAGGAUAACUAAGGACCACCGCAACAUCCAGUACUGGCUGGACUAUGGGGCGUUCUGCCUCCUGCUCGAGGACACCCUCAAAGCCCAGGAGUGCUUCCGAGAGGCUCUUUCUCUGGACCCACGUCAUGUGAGAAGCUUGCUGCUCUGUGGGAUUGUGGCAGUCAUGCUGCAGCACUAUGAAGAGGCAGAGAUUUUCUUUGAGGAUGCUUGUUGCUUGGAGCCAUCCAGUGUCGUAGCCUGGACGCUUUCAGGUCUGUUCUAUGAGCUGCAGAAUAAUAAUACUCAGGCAGGAAUGGCCUUCCGUGAAGCCAAGAAGAGACUCCAACCACAGCAGGCCAGGGAAAGGAGCAUCAGUGGCAAAGGGAAAAAAACGAGUGCUACUUCUGUGGGGUCUUCCAGUGAAGAGGGGGUUCCAGAUGAGGAAGAGGGUUCAGCAUCGGAGACAGACCCAGAAGGAGACAGGCAACCUCCCUGUACAAUCUUCAUGAAGGCAGUGGAAUUCCUGAUGAAAUUCAAUGCCAUCCAGUUUGUUCGCAUGGCACUUGCCCACGAGCUGCUGAUCCAGCAGGAAGGUCCUUCCAGUGCUUAUUACCUGGCGCUGGCCCGGACGUGCUUGUUGAAGGGAGAGUUCUCCAAAUGUGACGACUGUCUCUGGAACACAAUUAGGAUUGACUUCCUGAAUCCUGAUGUCUGGGCUCUGAAGGGUCAUCUGUGCUACCUGAGGAGAGACUUCCAGGAGGCAAAGGAGUGCUACGAGCGAACUGUCAGGUUUGUGGAGGAUGCUGAAGACAUGCAUUUUGUCUACCUGCGCCUGGGCUCCAUUUACCUGGAAAAUAAAGAGUUUGGCAAAGCAAAGCAGAUCUACCUGGAAGCCUGCAAGAGCUCUGCAUCCUGUCUCACCUGGCUGGGAGUGGGAAUCGCCUGCUAUAGGCUGGAAGAGCUGGUGGAAGCGGAGGAUGCUCUCUCGGAAGCCAAUGCCCUAAAUAACAGCAAUGCUCAAGUGUGGGCUUACCUGGCCCUUGUCUGCUUGCAGGGGGGGCGGCAGCUGGAGGCGGAGCAGUGCUACAAAUACGCCACAAAGCUCGGCUUGGCGGACCCGGCCCUGCUGCAGGAGCUCCACGCCACCCAGCAGCGCCUCGGCUUCGGCGACCCGUCCUUCUGAACCAUUAUAACCAUUACAGUCAUUACUGCUGA